UGUGAACAAUCUCUCUCUCUCUCUCUCUCACACAACAUCAAAGAAGCACUCACACAUAUGCAGACACAUUGGUGCUCCAGCUUUUCCUUUGCAUCCUUCCAUCACAGCCUGUCAAAGCUGAAUUAUUAACCCCCCAAAUCCAAAUAUCAUUAGUUUCAUAUAUUUUUUUUUCUUAAAAAACAAAAAGAAAUUAGAGCUCUAUAUGUGUUGGUUUCUUGUUUCUAAGUUGAAAGAAAGGGUUGAACUAACUCUGCCAAACAAAGAGAUUUCAUUUGCUGCUCUCUCUCUGUCUUGUCUUUCAGCUUUUCUUUCUCCAAACAUUUUAUGUACUCUACUCUUCUUGGAUUCAUCCCUCCUUCUUGUGUUUUAAAAUGAUUUAAGGAAAGAGGAAACAAAAAAAAAAAAAAAAGAAGAGAAUCAUGAGAUUAUUGUGCAAAAAUGCUACCAUGAAGAGGGAAAAAGAUGUUCAAUAAACUUCAUCAGAGGAAGCUUCAAUCUUGCUACUUCUUAAUAUCACAGGAAUGGGAACUAAAAUUGAGUAUUCCAUAAAUCUUCUAGCAACCUCAGUAGACAGCAAGAAUUUCACUAAUGAUGCUGGUGGGGAUGUGUGGGAGCAUUUUCAGAACAAAUCACUGACUAAUAACAACAACAAACACUUCAACAAAAUUGGAGACAACAAAUUACAAGAUUCCAUGGAUAUGAUUCCUGACAGGAACAACAUUGAAUCCAUCAAAAGGACAAUGCAGAUGCAUGAAGACAUCUUCAAAAACCAGGUAAGGGAACUUCACAGGGUGUACAGUGUGCAAAAGAUGAUGAUGGAUGAACUCAAAAAUGAAAUCAGACAAAAGAAACUUUGGAAAAACUUUCAACAAAGUUCAGUCCACAAUAAUGUUCAACCUUUGAGAGAGGAUCUAUGCUCAAAGGAAAGGAGUGGAAGCUGUUCUGCUUCAGGUGAUACAAUGAGAAAGCAAAAGGGUUUUGAUCUUGAAAGGCCUCUUGCUGAGGAAGUAGCCGUUUUCGCCACCGCCGACGAAGCUGAGGCUGCAGCUGAGGCAGGAACAAGAAACAAUGAUGAUGAAGAAAUGGAAGUGGAUUUGACAUUAAGCAUUGGAGGAAGCCAUCAUAUUAACAAGAAUAAUUAUGAUACUGAUAAUAAUAAUAAUAAUAAUAGUAAGAACAAGAAGAAGGGACAUUGCAUGGUUCCAUUAGGAUUCUCAGACUCAUCAAGAAACAAUUAUGGGAAAAUUAAGGAGCUUAUGAAUUCAUCUGUGUCUUUCCAAUCAGAUAGAGAUUGCAGUGACCCUACAACACCAAUGAGCAGCUCAAGUGUCACAUAUGAUCAAGAAAGAGAAAGAAAAGGGCCUCAUUGGCUUUCUCAAGGUUUAAAGCUUAAUUAAUUAAUUGAAUAGGCCUUUAAUUUUUAACUAAACUUGUUUCAUUGUUGUAUCCUCUUUUUUUUUUUUUCCCUCUCUAUACUGAAGAACAUGGACCACUGAAUUUAUAUGGUUCAUGUGUUCAUUCCUAGAUUAGUUUUCUUUUUUUUUUUGUUUAAUUUAUCCCAAUAAUUAUGGAUAGACUCAUCAUCAUACACCAACUUCUGAGUGGCCUUUAUGUAAAUAGGUAGAGUUAAUUAGUAUGCAGUGCAUCUUAAAUUAUAAUUACUUUACUUUAAUUUCAUUUCUUGUCUAACAUGUUACUUUGAAAUCUAAAUGUUGUUAUGUGAAGGCUUAAUCAAUCUAUAAGUACUGUUGGGAGCUUGCUGUGAAUUUUAU